AAGACUUUUAGCCAUGAAUGAUAGGCUGUAUUUUUUGUUAGCAAUUUCUUUUAAAAUGUGAGUUUAAUGGCACGUUUCGUUUUGUUUGCGUUUGUUGUAAGAUAUAAUGUCACUGGUGUGCUUUAUCUUCAGAGGUUCAUGCACCAAACCCCUUCGAAUGUUUGGCACAAUAACACAACGAAUUAGCAGGUUUUCAUCAAAUAUUUUGGUAGCGCGCGGAAAAUCUUAGAGCCCCCAGGGCUUCUUGUUAAAAUUGAGAUUAGAACGUUUUACAACAAGCACGAUCGCACAUUGUUUUGUUGAUGGUUUCCACAUGCUUCAUACCCUUCAGUUUUGGUUGGCUUUUUUGAAUUUUCAAAAAACUAUACGGUUUCCACAUGCUUUUCUUUUGUACACACACAGCAGAAUUUUAUUAUAUCUCACCAGCUCAUUUGGUCCCUCAGUAUCGUUUGAAAUAUUUUCAGCUUUUCAUACCCUGUCACUUGCAGUCACUUGUAGUUUUCCGUUGUCACUUGUGGUCACUCGUGGUCACCCGUGGUCAUUCGCGGUCAUUCGUGGUCACUUGUGGUCACUCGUGGUCACUCGUGGUGCUAUUCGUGUAGACUUUUAGACUUGACUCCGAUAAACUGAAGUAUGGUUUAUAAGUAAAAACUGAUUUGUUCCUUUUAGUUUAGUUUAGUGUAGUUCAGUUCAGUUCAGUUUCGUUCUUUUCUCUUUUGUGCGUUUCCGCGAAAAACUUUGUUGAUGAAGUAGAAAACACCCCUAAGACAACAUGCUGAAAAUUAGUAACAAAACGUUUAUUUGUCGUGAGAGUUAAGGCUGAAAUACACGGUCAGUUUAAAAUGAUCAUUUUAAAAUGACUGGUGUUUUUCGUCAUUUUAAAAUGAUGGAACACCUGAAUACACGAGUCAUUUUAAAAUGAUAGAAUUUGUAAAUAAAAGUUCUUUACACUAUGGACUCUGAAGAGGAAUGUGCUGCAGCAGUUGUUAUAAUUGCCAUUCUUUCAAAAAGAAAAAAACGCAGAAGAAAUAGAUCUACUUGGGUGAAGCCAUGGCUCGGUAGAAGAACAGAACUUGGGGUAUAUAUUACUCUUUUGCGAGAAUUGCGUGUGGAAGAAGUGUUCGAAUAUAAAAAGUUUUUAAGAAUGGCACCUGAAAAUUUUGAUGAACUUUUAAAUUUAGUAGGUGUUGAUAUACAAAAAGAAACUACAAACAUGCGCGAGCCAAUUCCAGCAAAAAUUAAGUUAGCAGCAACACUUCAUUUCUUAUCAACAGGUGCUAACUAUGCAGACUUGCAACAUAUAUUCCGUAUACAUAAAAGUACGUUAUCUCGAAUUAUCCCAGAAGUAUGCGAUGCUAUCUACAUGAACUUAAAAGACAGAUAUAUAAAGACACCAUCAACAGAAGAGGAAUGGAAAACAUUUGCUAAAGAGUAUGAAGAGCGUUGGAACUUCCCGAAUUGUAUUGGUUCUAUUGAUGGCAAACAUGUUGUCAUAAAGCAUAGCGGAUCGUACUAUUUCAGUUAUAAAGGCACUUGCAGUAUUGUGCUUUUAGCUUUGGUAGAUGCCAAUUACAAAUUCAUUUAUGUUGACGUUGGUUGUAACGGAAGAAUGAGCGACGGAGGUGUAUACCGAAAUAGUUCACUUUCAAAAGCCUUGGAAGGAAAUCUAUUAGGAAUGCCACCACCAGCAACGUUAAGUGAUGAUGAGAAUGAAUUCCCGUAUGUUAUGGUAGCUGAUGAUGCAUUUCCACUAAAGCUUAACAUUAUGAAACCUUACCCAUUCAGAGGCAUGACCAAAGAACUAAGAAUUUUUAAUUAUAGAUUAAGCAGAGCAAGGCGGAUUGUAGAGAAUGCAUUUGGUAUAUUGGCUAAUCGUUUUAGAAUCUUUUUAUCGCCUAUACUUCUUUCACCAGAAAACGUCCAGAAGAUUACUUUAGCAAGUUGUGUGUUGCAUAAUUUUUUACGGGAAAAAACUCCGUCAGGUUACACCCCUCCUGGAAGUCUUGAUGUUGAGGAUAUUGAAAAUGGAAGAGUGAAUAAUGGAGAGUGGAGGUCUGAAUCAAGUGAAGCUUUGCGUUCAAUAAGAGUUACUGGAACCAAUAACUAUAAACCUGACGCUAAAGCUGUACGAGAUCAAUUCUGUGACUACUUUAAUACAGUUGGAACAGUCCCAUGGCAAGACAAUUUCAUUUAG